UGAUUCCCUAUUAGAACAAUCAUAAACUGUACUCACUUGAUAUGUUGAUGCAGAAAUCUAAGAAUAGACUUGCUGAAAAAAAAGAAAAAAGAGGAUCGAUGUAUCCUUACCCAUAUAAAGUGCAACCUGAAAGAAUUCCAGAUAUCGUAGAAGAACGUAAGAGAUCCCUUGAUACGAUCUCAAUGCCUCAAAUGAGCAGGAAUAGGUGCCCCAGUAGAGAUGACCCUGAUCUUUAUAUUAAAUAAGAUAUUUGGAGCAAAUUUCGAAUUUUCUGAGAAAUAUUUGACUUCCAAAAUAAGUUCUGAGAAAAUAAUUAAGGCUAUUAAGAAAAGAUACUGAUUUAAGAAAGUGACUAGGUCAACACUGAAGCAUAUUCUUUAUGAAGGGGCUCGGACUAACCACAUCCUCAGGAUGAGCAACUCAUGAUUCGAAAAGAUGGUGGAUAUCCUUAAUAUAGACUGAGAAUCUGAUGAAGAAGAUGAGAAAUCACCAGAAAUCGCAAAUAAUGUAGAUCCAGUUAUAUACUUAAAAAAGGAAAAUAUUAAGCUCAACUCUUCCCAGGGCCUAAACUCUUCUAUUGGAGAGUCACCUUGAAGGAAGAGUGAUGGACUGGAAGAGAAGAAUAAAAAUCAGGCACCAAAACUUCUAAAAACUCAGCUAAUACCAAUGAGUUCUCUAUAA